UCCCAGCUCGCCUCCUGCCUCUGCCCCUGGCUCUGUGGACUGGAGCCCACCCUAGCUCCAGAGCCAGCUCCCAGGAAGCGCCCCUUUCUCCAGUGGCCGCGUACUGUCGUGGGGAAGUGCUUGGGACCAGUGACUCUGGGAAGACAAACUUCCGAGACAGACGAAGUUUUAAAAGAACCCAUACAGGCUCCCACUUUUGGAGAGGCAGGCGAAUUUGAGCUGGCGGGAAGGUGUGGUAGGUGGGUCGACUUUCCUUGGGACUGGAGAGAUUUCAUCUAGACCCCCUCCAGUGGCCGGUGCUGCUGAGUGAAUGGAGGACACUUCCUUUCCCGAUCACUUGGCCCCCGGCAUGCUUACAAGCCAAGGGCAUCCGGGAGGGGCCUCCGUUCCGAAAUGCCUGUGCAUCUUGGGGAAAGAGGAUGCAUUGCCCGACUUCCCAUGAUUGGGAGGUCUCCCAUACCUUCUCUGUACUCCUGGAGGGGCGCCUUGCACACGUGUUUACCAGCUGCUGGGACAAGGAAGAGAAAAGAAAUGAGCCGUCAGACUGCAACAGCACUACCUACUGGAACCUCAAAGUGUACACCAUCCCAGAGAGUGCCUGCUCUGACUGGCACAACAGCAUCCAACAAUGACUUGGCGAGUCUUUUUGAGUGUCCGGUCUGCUUUGACUAUGUGUUACCACCCAUUCUGCAGUGUCAGAGCGGCCAUCUUGUUUGUAGCAACUGUCGCCCAAAGCUCACAUGUUGUCCGACCUGCCGGGGCCCGUUGGGAUCCAUUCGCAACUUGGCUAUGGAGAAAGUGGCCAAUUCAGUACUUUUCCCUUGUAAAUAUGCCUCUUCUGGUUGUGAAAUCACCCUGCCACACACAGAGAAAGCAGACCAUGAGGAGCUCUGUGAGUUUCGGCCUUACUCCUGCCCGUGCCCGGGCGCUUCCUGUAAAUGGCAGGGCUCUUUGGACGCCGUCAUGCCCCACCUGAUGCAUCAGCACAAGUCCAUUACCACCCUGCAGGGGGAGGAUAUCGUUUUCCUUGCUACGGACAUUAAUCUUCCUGGUGCUGUGGACUGGGUGAUGAUGCAGUCCUGUUUUGGCUUUCACUUCAUGUUAGUUUUGGAGAAACAGGAAAAAUAUGAUGGUCACCAGCAGUUCUUUGCAAUUGUACAGCUGAUAGGAACACGCAAGCAAGCUGAAAAUUUUGCUUAUCGACUUGAGCUAAAUGGUCAUAGACGGCGAUUGACUUGGGAAGCGACGCCUCGAUCUAUUCAUGAGGGAAUUGCAACAGCCAUUAUGAAUAGUGACUGCCUAGUUUUUGACACCAGCAUUGCACAGCUUUUUGCAGAAAAUGGCAAUUUAGGCAUCAAUGUAACUAUUUCCAUGUGUUGAAAUGGCAAUCAAACAUUUUCUGGCCAGUGUUUAAACCGUUGCAUUUUAUUUCACAGAGAACAAGGCAUCCAUCCGCCUGCCAACCUGAAACUUUUGGUAGGUGGAAGCUAGACACGUGAAGGUAAAUAAAAGGAAAGGCUCUUAAAUACAGGAAGCACUUGCAUGUAGUUAACACUAAUAUAUUUAAAAAUAAGUCAACAGUAAACCACUGAAAAAAAAUAUAUAUAUAUAUACCCAAGGUGGGCAUCUUUUGUAUUAAGAAAGGAGGCAUUGUAAAAUAAUUCUGAAUUUGUGUUUGUUGUAGAUUGAGUGUACUGUUGAAAUACUGGGCUUUUGUUUUUUUGCGAGUGUGUGUGCGUGCGAGCGUGCGUGCAACUUGUGUGUGUGGUUUUUUUCCCCCCCUUUAACUGACAAGCCAUGUUGCGUGGUCUCGGGCCACUGCUUUUCCCUUUGUGAGUCAAUACAUAGUGCUGCUGUGUGUAUUAUUUUGUGUGUGUGUUUGCUAAUUUUUAUUAAUUCUAGUUUUUCAUUAAAUAAAUUGACUUUCUUUUCUGUAAUUCAGACUUUUCUUCACAUUUUUUGUACCUUUUUAAAGUUAGUGUCCUUUUUUGAUAUGCAUAAUUGUUUAUGGUGAAGUUUAUACAUUUGUGUUCAAUACAUAUUUUCUUUCCCUCCAUUAAUCAAUUCAUUAGAAAUAUUUUAAAUUCAGCCAUUUUGUUGAAGGGUUCCACAGAAGAAAGGUGUAACAUCAGAAUUAUCAGAUAAAAUAUUUAAAGCAGCUAUUAGGUGUUUCUCUUUUUUUCUCCAGUUGAGUCAUACCUUUGCGCUUACUCUUUGAAAGGUUAGGGAAUACUGAUUUUUUUUUUUUAAUACUGAAAAAAAUCAGGCUUCCCCUCCUCCCCCAAAUUUCUUGGAAAAAUCUGAAAUUUGUUAUUGUAUUUAUUGGUUUUGCAAAAGAAGGCAUCGUCUUACACAGUAUUUGUAAUUAAAAGCAAAUCAUUUGUUUAAAAAGGCAGAUUGCAAAAAAAAAAUGUUUUUGGGCUUUUAUAAUUCUCAUUAAAAGAAUAUCUGGCAAAUUAAAAA